GUCCAGGUCCUUCCACAGCUGCACUGCUGCCCACCAUGAGGAGAAAAAAAUCCUGAGCUCACCUCAUGGAUGAUGGGACUUGUGGACAUUUGGAUACUUUCUCUAGGUACUUCACGGAGUUGCAGUCCCUAUGGCUCGUGCUCCUUUCUACCCCUCGUUCCUCCUGCGUCGACCAGAUGGGGCAGGCUCUUUCUCCCCCACCACGCCAUGUCGAUAAAGUCUGUCGUUCCUGCCAGGGUUCACUUUUAUCUCAGACAGCACGUGGGUCACUCUUGCUCUUGCCGUGCGCUGGAAUUCAAAGGAAAGCUUCUUGGAUCUUCUAGGUAUUUGGCCAGGCCCUACUUGCCUCGAGAGUGAACAGUAGGUAGGAAGUACCCCAAUACCUCAAGUCUACCUGAAGGUAUCUUAGAUAGGAUUGAGUUGAGUAUUUUGAACUAGUACAUGAUCUUCGGCAAGGUAGAGAGAGACUUGGACAACGGGCACGGAACACAUAGGAAAACACAAGUUGGCCGAUCCCUGCAACGGUCAACCCCUUGAGUACGGGC